GUUAUGCUGGGAUGCCGUGUAGUCGAAUGCGACCGUUGCACUGGAUUCACAUAACAUCGUCUUGCACGCGGGGUUGCGCUGGUCAUUCGGAGAUUCGUUUUUGAAGUCCAAAGGACCGAAAAGACACCCAACCGCAUGUUUUGGGCAUGUUGCCCUCGCCACAGGUGUGCGUGUCUACUUUGGUGACAGUGAGCACAAUGGCAGUGGUCGACCUCUACCUGCUGGAGCAAAGCAUGCUGGGACCUCGUGGCGGAGCCCAUCCUGCAGUAUGGCCAUGUGUCGCCGUCGCACUCGGUGAUCUGUGUUUCUUGCUGGCACUGCGCUUUGUUUCAGCCGGUGUCGUCUCGGAAGCUCGCUCUCCCCGUCGGGGCUUCGCCAAUGCUCUCUGGUUCCUAUUUCUAUCUCUGUUGCAGCUCAAGCUUUUCUUUGUGUGUCAAAAUUACAGACAAGAGCGGCGACCUCCAGAUCCUCUCGCCCGUAAGACACUGACUCUAUUACUUUCUGUCUGCCUGCCCUCACUGUUCCUCAUCCUGACAGGAGCCGAUUACAUGACUCCCCUUCGGAGAAAACAAGAGGUCCGCAGCCGACUUCUGUGGGUGGUUGUGGACCUGCUCGACGUGCUGGACCUGCAAGCCGGCCUGUGGGAGGUGCAGGGAACUGUUGGGGUCCCCCUUUGGGUGGAGGGUAUUGUUUUCUUUUAUUGUUACGUAUUGCUGCUGUUGCUGCCGUGCGUUUCGCUAACCGAGCUCGGUGCUACUGCCCUGCCCGGACUACAGGCAACUCGGAAAGAAGCCAUCUAUCCUUGGCUCAGUUUGGUCACCAUUAACUUAUUCACCCUUGUGCCCAGAGGAGUGGGGAUGUUAUGGUAUAGGGACCCACGGGUGUCUACAGUGUUCCUGGGUAAAAACCUGCUGGCUCUUGCAGUAAAGCUCAGCUCCGCCUGGGAGCGGCACAAAAAGGGACGUGGAGGGGUUCAGGGGGCUGGAAGCGCCACAGGAACCGGAACCCAGAAUCGCAGGGAGGUCUCAGAACCAGCGGCAGAGCAGGAACAAGGGUGCACGUCUCCGACUGCAUCAUCUACGCGCUACCACACGCUUUCACGCACGCAUUCACACAGCCACACGCUGUCUCACGUCAGUUUGGACCCUACGGAGACCUCGCUGGGACCUGCUUAUAUUUCCAUGAACUCUAGUAGUCAUUGUGAAACUGCCAGUAACUUAUAAGCUUGUGGUUUAAUCCCAGCACUCUCUAAAAUGACCAGAGAUAACAUAUUAGCACACUUUGUAGUUUGUACAAUUGAAGAUUUGUAAAGCCAGGUGGAGCCUUCUUCCAGACAAAAUGAUAAUUCGUUUAAGCCGUUUUAAUGAAGUGCCUUCUUUGAAGAGCGACAAUUAUAUUCUUGCUCUCGUUUCAUUUGGUGUUCAUCCAGGACUUGAAUUUAAACCAUGUACAGUGAAGCAUGACCACUGUUAAUAUUCAACUCUGUAAUAAAUGUUUAAUAGUCA